AUGAGGAAAGCUGAGAGUUUUAAAACCACCAAAAGACGCCUGUCUCACGAAACUCUUGAGCUGAUAUGCUCGCGUGGAGCAGCACGAUCCGCAAGCAACCAAAAACUCACGCAGGUGCUUGCAAGGCUUUGCAGAGAGGCAAUAAAGGAAGACCUUAAAGAGAGAAGAGCAGAAGUGUCGCCUGAAGCUGCAGAGGCGGAAAAAGGAUUCGCUAUGCCCGUCGAGACUUCGCCAAUCGCAAGAUGA